AACCAAUUUUAUAUCACAGCCAAGAUGGUCAACCUAUUUAAACGAAUGCGCAAGCUGAAUCAUCGCUUAAUCAAUGUACGAGUCGGCACAGGCGCAGCCACCCUACCCUCCAUCAGCUCCCCUCUCAACAACCUCCCAGCCGUCACUCGCAUGCACCUAACAUACGGCAAAUCCGUCGGACGCGGACACAUAGGCGCCCAAAAAUUCUGGCGCAAAUGCCUCCUCCGACUCAAAUACUACAACCCAGCAAUCCAAAUGACCGUCAAACCCUACGACGGCGAAGAACGACACGCAGCACUCACAAUUUUCUUCUCUGGUGUCCAACCACAAAAGGCACAAGCAUAUCAUGAUGCAUCCAUCAAGGACGAAUUCGCACCCUCUCCCACCGAGUCAGAGAAAGCGGUUGUGCUGAAUUUAAAGGAUUAUAAUUUUGAGGAGAUUUGGCAGCAGGUCAAGGAAUUGACGGGUGCAGUUGAAGUGGAGCCAACAGCGGAAGAUAAAGAGCAACUUGAGAAAUUCAGACAGAUGGAUAUCAAGUCUGAAGCGGAUAGGAUACGAGUCGCUGGUAUACGUCAGGCGAAGAAGGACCAAGAGCGAAUGCUGCAAGAAGCUAGAGGAGAGGUGGAGAAGCUUCGAGAGUUAUAAAGAAAACGGGAAUUCGCUUUGAUAUACCCAUGGUCUUUUGGUAUAGGUCUCGUUCUUGUAUAUUAGCAUCUACAAAAUCUAGUUUCCUCCUUUCAUGUACUUUUAGGGAGCAUCGGAGCAUUCAUCUUGAAGU